AUGACUCUUUACUAUACAUUCGUGUUUGGAAUUUUGGCUAUCGAAAUGGUCAUGUUUCUGCUGCUGGCUCUGCCCGUUCCAUCCAAAUACCGGAAACCUGUCACCAUGGCUUUGAUCAGACCGUUUCGGCUGACCCAGAUCCAGGUUGCAAUCAAGUGCAUCUUGGGGUUCAUAAUGCUGCUGUUUGUGGACACCAUCAAUCGCGUCUAUUCCAUAAAUGCCGAGCUGUCGCAGACUUCCAUAGCUGCAGGCGUCAGCGAUCGUAACGAAGUGCAAAGUCGCAAGUUCUACGCUCAAAGGAACAUGUAUUUGACCGGAAUCACUUUGUUUCUCACUUUCACCGUUUUCAGAACGUACGGCUUGGUAUGGGAAUUGCUAGAGCUCAAGGAAAACUACAGAACCGAUUCCGAGAACAUGAACAUCGACGACCUUAAAAAGCAAAUCGAGGACGCAGAUAAGGAAAUCAAGUCUCUGAAGGAGCGUGCAGAGGGUCUCCAGGCAGAAAUGCAAAGUCGACCACCGAGAAAAGACGUAUUAGAUUUAUGA